CCAACGGACCAAGCUCCCGGAAGUUGAAAGUUCUUACCGUUCAUGUGGGUUCACGUUCAUGUUGACAACAAAAAGUGUCUCUGAACAUUUAGACAUUAACAAUAAGGAUUCACUAACGAGCUUCAAAAUAAAACAUGUCCGACAACGAAGAUAACUUCGACGACGGAGAUUUUGAUGAUGCCGAAGAGGAUGAGGGAUUAGAUGACCUGGAAAACGCGGACGAUGAGGACCAGGAGAACGUGCAGAUCCUACCCGCAGGAGAGGGCCAGCAGGCCAACCAGAAGAGGAUCACAACACCUUACAUGACCAAAUAUGAGAGAGCCAGAGUGCUUGGGACACGAGCUCUCCAGAUAGCGAUGUGCGCUCCAGUCAUGGUGGAGCUGGAGGGAGAAACAGACCCCCUGCAAAUAGCUAUGAAAGAGCUCAAGGGCAGAAAGAUCCCCAUCAUCAUCCGCAGGUACCUUCCCGAUGGUAGUUAUGAGGACUGGGGCUGUGACGAGCUCAUCAUAACUGACUAACUGACUAAACAAUAUGCUGGUCCACACCCACCAUCGCAUCAGGUCAGUCAGCUACACAAACCCAGAAGAUUCCUAAGGCGAUGCGAGCAUCACCCACCUGUUCAUGCCUCAAUAUGAUCCACAAACAUCCAUCACAUCAGGCAACUCUGUGAGCCGGUGAAAUAGGAAUACAUGAAAUGUACCAAACGGACACUAGAAGACUCAUGAAAACCAUAACAGUGUGUUGCUUGCAGGUGUACUGUAACAUCCUGUGAUCUGACUUGUUAUAUUCUCAAUCUUUUUGUUGUCAUACCACAAAACUCAGUUAAAAUCUAAGUUUAGAGGACAAAUCCGGAGCUAAAUGAACCUAGGGGUUAAUUCAAUUUGUGUACCAAGGCGAACGUUCUCUGAGAUAUGUUUUCAUGCUGAUCAAAUGUGACCAGUUUCAUCGUAAACCACUUAUUAGCUUAUAACGCUAGUCAUAUACAUAUACAGGCGGGCGCCAUCUUGGGAAAACAGCCAUGACCAGUCGAAUGACAAACGCCACGCAACCAGUAACAUAGCUCAAGCACGGCGUUCGUCGUGACUGUUUUGCCAAGAUGGCGAUUGCCUGUAUACUCGAAGGUAAUGUCUUUAUAAACUAUCUUUUUAAUAAACUGUCUGUACACUUACAAAGUUCUCAAUGCUCCGGUUUACAUUGUAUGUUUACAUUAUGCUACAGUUGAAGUGUGGUGAUAUUUUGAGCCUUGUUAGUGGUGUAGAAAUAGAGAUUUCUUUUUACUUUACCCUUACCCCGACGACUAGCGUUAUAAGCUAAUUAGCGGUUUGGGCUAAAACUGGUCACAUUCAAUUAGCAUGAAAACAUAUCCCAGAGAACGGUCGACUCGGUACACAUGUUAUUAAUCCCUAGGUUCAUUUUGCGCCGGAAUUGUCCUAAUCUACAGUACUUCUUUUACUUCUGUACUAGUUGCAUUAUAAUUAAGAGCCACAAGGGGGAAAUGUAACUUAAGUCAAACAUUUGCUUUGUUUUACAAAAUAAUCCUGUGUUGUAAUUAUUCAAUAUGUUGUUUGGAAGGAGAGAGAUGAUUAGUGUCAAAGAACUGUUUUAUUGUUAUUAAUAAACUCUUUUGUAUAAAUGA